GCAGGCUUGGUUACCUGCAGACACAUUAAUGGCGGAAAAAGGAAAGGGGAAUCGCCACAAUUUCUCUAGAUUUCUCCUUUCCUGUCUUCGUGGUCUUGGUUGAAAUGCUGGCGAAUGUUUCAUGUAGCCUCUUAGUUACUUGUUAUGCCCAUUAAGCUGCUAGGAUGGCGGCUAUUUAUGGCUUUUUAUUGGCGUGUUUUUGUUCUAUUGAUUUGUGGAUGUUAUAGCAAUAAUGGAAUCGUACACAACAGAACGACAAACUCAAUGGAUUAUUCUUCAUCGUGGGCCAUUCGAAUACCACUGGUUCAUUUUUCUAAUUUAUCUGAUCUCCAUGCGCUAGCAGACCGCAUCGCGGACGAGGCAGGCCUCGUAAAUCGCGGGCAAAUUGGAGGUCUCAAAGGACAUUACCUGUACAUACAUAAUAAUACUUUCUUCAAUCAAAGCGGAAUCAAAGAACACGUUCUUGGAAAAAUGCAGAAUAGCAUUACGGAACUUUUAGCCAAACAUCCAAGUAUCGAGUGGUCAAGACAAGAAGUAGUUCGAAUGCGUUAUAAGCGAAGCCUACAAUUUAAGGAUCAGUAUUUUCCAAGCCAAUGGCACUUGGUAAGAGUCGAUUAGGCCUAAUUAAUAAUUUAUUUGAAAUAGAUUUUAGAUUAUCGCAAGAAGCUUUCUAAAAACAAUACAUUUGAAAGGUUAAACUAACAUCUUUUUGAUAGUCGUUAUCUUAAUGCCUUAUGAUAGGGUUAACUUGAUGCAGGUUUUCUCUGAAAGUAGAAAUUUUUCUUUUGUCCGUCGAGUGUUCAUUAGAUUUAGCUACUUUCAAAUUAAAGGUCAAGGACUUAUCUCAAUAUUGAACUUUGUUAUUUAUUGAAAGGGUGUCUUGGAUAAUGAGCAGCUAAGUAUAGAAACGCCUUUACGAUAUUUCUCUAUACCAAUAACUGUCACUACAGACCCAAAUCGAUAAAAUGCAAUACAUGCUAUAUUUACCAUGGCCACUCUGCUUGGUCAAAAUUACUCACCAAAAUUAGGCUCCUCCAAAGUAACAAUACAUGUAUGAAAGUUUGCUGAAUCUAAGAGUAAUGAGAGUUGCAUAUUGUUACGUACUUUCAGAAAAUAAUACCAAUUUACACAGUCAAUAUGAGCUUGAGUAUAAAGAAACAGUAGAAAUUACUUAAAUACUCCAAAUUCAGAAUUUUUUAGAUAAAAUGAAAAUUUUCUGAGAUCCAUUAUUUCCUUUAUCUACCUUGCACAGUUUGACAUAGUAGUAAUAUAUAAACUUUAAUUUUAACAUAUCUGACUUUUUUAUGGCAGGACAAUUUACGAUUCAUAGGACAUGAUAUCAAUGUUACUGGUGUCUGGGAGAAUAACAUCACAGGACGUGGAAUAGUUGUAUCUGUUAUUGAUGAUGGUGAGUAAUCAUGAUUGGAAAUACUUUGGAGGAAUAUUAGUGGUGAUUUAUAAAAUUGAAAAUAUUCAACUUUACAUUACAUACAGUUUACUGUUACUAUUCAUUUGGUGUUAUCCACUUGUUUUUAAGGUGUGGAAUGGACCAAUCCUGAUAUUCUUGACAAUUAUGUGAGUAUUGAAGAUGCUUAUAUACCCUCUCAAUUCCUUUAUGACUGUGUGAAUUCUCUGUUGUUGAAAUAACUAGAUAUUCCACACUCAUCGGAAUCAGUCUUUUAAUAACACACAACUCUUUAAUUCUUAUUUACAAGGUUAUUAAGAUCUGGAAUGUCCUUCUUCUUAACAUCAAUAUACGUAUUUUACCAAAUAAUAUUGCUUUCAACCAAUCUCUUAAAAAAUACCUUGGUGUUCAGUGACCUGAAUAUUAAACUUAAUGCCUUUAAAAUAACCAUAGUUCAUAAUGUAUAAAUUGCAAUUUGUGAGUAAACUAAAAAUUUCUAAGCUUCAGAAGCUUCUGUAGCCUAUACUCUUUUUACUGUAAAAUAAUGUUUUCUCUUGUAUUAUGCAUAUAUUCACUCUUAUUGGGAAAAUGCAUAGAAUGCAAAUUUAAAUUUAAUUUUUAAGAAGUUGUUGAUAAAUAGUUUUGAUUGCACCAGCAUUUAAUCAUGAUCUAUCAUCCAUAAAAACAAAAAUUAAGGCUAAUUGAAGUUUGUUUCCACCAAAUGUGUCAUAAAUCAAAUUAUUUCUAAAUGAGUUUUGAGAGAAUUUAAUUAUGAAUAAGAAUUAAAUUAAAAAGUGGUUAAAGUUAUCUUGUACACCUUGAUACAGAGUUCAGAAGGCAGCUGGGAUAUCAACUCCAAUGAUGAUGAUCCAAUGCCAAGAGCAGAUGAGGCUGGCUUAAAUCAUCAUGGAACCAGGUAGACUAGAAUAAAUAUUGCCAUGAUUCUCGUCAUUAAUAAGUUGACACAUGCAUAAAAUAAAAAUUAACAAAUUAAAUAUAGGAAAUUAAACUUCUUUUGGCUAGAAGUACAGAUAAAUAAAGCAGUUACGAUAGUGCAGCCUACUUUAGUAAUUUAAAGUCUUGAGUAUCAAACAGAGCAAUCUCAGUUCUUGUUAAUAAUCAUUAUUUAAUAAUUAUAAUUAAUUAAUUGAUAGUCACAGAAUAAUGUUUUGACAAGCAGGUAUGCAGUGUACAGCCGUAGGUGAUUAUUGAGUCAAAACAAUGAUGAGAACACUGCAGUUGUUUGGUCCAGACCUAGAGUAGAUUGGGCCCAUGAUCUCUUAAGUCACUUUAACCCUUUAAAUGCUUAGAGUGACUAGCAUCUAAUUUCUCCUUACAAUAUCAGCUCCAAAUCACACAUAAGUUAAUGAGAAUAAAGGAAAUGGUCACCAACAAGAGAAGUUCUGGAUUAUGAAACAAAUUCUCCUCAUCAGCCCCAUAGGGAAUGUAUAGGGAACAGUAUGGAGAAUAUGCAUACUGAUGUUAGGGUGGAAAGGGUUAAUAGCACCCACUGAGUUCAAUGUACCUUGAUGUUGUUCAAGACAGUUUUCAUGAGAAUGAACCACGUAUUACAGCCAGUUACCCUUAGAGAGGGUUACCCUUUUGUGGAUAUGUUUACUGAUGUUAAAAGGGUUAAACUGAGUUCAAUGUUAGUUGUUCAAGCUUUUGUGGAGAAUUGUGUUUACUGAUGUUAGGGUGGAAAGGGUUAAUAGCACCCACUGAGUUCAAUGUACCUUGAUGUUGUUCAAGACAGUUUUCAUGAGAAUGAAUCACGUAUUACAGACAGUUACCCUUAUAAUUAAAGAGGGUUAGUGAGGCUUUUGUGGAGAAUUAUGUUUACUGAUGUUAGGGUGGAAAGGGUUAAUAGCACCCAUUGAGUUCACUGUACCUUGAUUUUGUUCAAGACAGUUUUCAUGAGAAUGAACCAUGUAUUACAGCUAGUUACCCUUAUAGUUAAAGAGGGUUAGCGAGGCUUUUAGAUGGGUGAGAGUUUUUCCAUAAAUAACUAUGUGUAAAUGUGUAAUAAUUUAAAAUGUAUUGAUAUGAUAUUGGUUGAUAAUUUAGAGAUAAAAUAAAGGUUUGGAAUCAUCUUGCAUCUUGUCUUUUGCAGCUUAAGUCAAGGCUAGGAGCUUUCAUGCUAGAAUUUAUCUAUCCACCCAUCAAAUAUAAAAUUCAAAAUUCCUAACUUUUGUGGCAGGUGUGCUGGUGAGAUUGCUGCUGUGCCGAACACAUACUGUGCUGUAGGUGUUGCUUAUGGGGCAAAAGUAUCAGGUAAUAACUAGAAGAUCACUUAAUGAUCUAGUUGAAAAAUUUAGAGUCAAUUACAAUGAAAUCAGAAUACCCUGUACCACGGACAAUCAAUCAGCCUCUGCUUGAAUUCUUUUUGUUUUCUGGAGGGCUUCUUGUCUGUCUUUUUCUCCCAUUUAAAAUUUUUUUGGCUCAUUUUUACUGGUUAUUAAAAAUUUUUAUGGUCCUUUUUUUCAUUUUUUAAUGGUUAAUUUUGAAACUUGACUAACCUCUGCUAAUUGCAUGAUCAUUAUGGUCCUUUUUUUUAGCAAAUGAUUCAGAGAGAAAUCACAUUUUUAAUGAGUUUUUCAAUUUUUUGAAACUUUGAAAAAGCAUAGGCUUUUUCCGUUUUGUCUAAAUAGUACAAUUUGAUGGCUUUAUUGCCAAAUAAGUCUUACAAGAUAAGUUUUUGUUCUUUCCUUUCCAUGUUUAAUAAUCAGUUUUGAAAAAGACAGCUGGUAAGAGGGUGGUAAUCUGAGAGUAAAUUGAGCUCUCCACAAAUUCACUUCAUCACCAAAUUUAGUUCUUUCUGACAAAUCUGAUGAAUUUCUUGACCAAUGGUAGGUGUACGAAUUCUUGACGGUCCAAUGACGGACAGCCUUGAGGCCAUGGCAUUCAACAGUAAGAUGCACAUUAAUGACAUCUAUAGCUGCAGGUAUGUGGAAAAAUAACUAAAAACAAAGAUUUUAAACUCUAUAAGCUUUUCGUAAGAGGAGAGAAAAAUACACUUACAGUCUCCAAGUGUUAGACAGGCAAAGUGCUGGCUGGAAAUGUUCCUCUUUAUGUCCAGUUUAUAUCGUUUCUUUAAGCACCUAUCAAGUUACUGAAAUUCAUUUAUUCGCAGUUGGGGGCCUGAUGAUAAUGGAAAAACUGUCGAUGGACCUCAUCAAUUGGCACAGGUACGUAAACUAAUGUGCUUAAGUAUAAUUGAGAAAUAAUAAAAAUAUAUGAAAUUUGUACUCCCGUGCUCUACGGAAAAAAAUAUCUUUCCCUAUUAAGUCAAGUCCUUUUCCAUCUCAUGCUUUACAUAUCUCAUGCUUUACAUAUCCCUUAUUCCUAUUGCUCUAUAAUUAUCAUUAUGAUAACACAUACCAUAUUGAGUAAUUACGUUUUGUUUUUGUUUUCCUCAUAGGCUGCUCUCGCUCAUGGUGUUUUAGCUGGUAGGAAAGGUUACGGCAGUAUUUUUGUUGUGGCAUCUGGCAACGGAGGACAUUUCAAAGACAACUGUAACUUUGAUGGAUAUGCCAACUCCAUUUACACUGUUACAAUAGGUUUGUGCACAGAUGAAGCUCUAUCCACAUAAUUUUUAUGUAUCUUUGUCUGACUAUCUUUCACACUAAAGCGCCCAGAAACGCGGAGCCUUUCGAGAACGGUUUCAAAAGUUGACCAUUUUGAAAACGCUUCGUUUUUAAUAGGCUCCGUCUCUUGUAUGUACAAGUGGAAACGGAGGCUUUUGAAAACAUUGACUCGCUUUCACCUGCAAAGCUGGUAAAUUGGGAAAGCUUAUCGCGAAGCUGGUUAAUUGGGACCGCUCAUAGUCUCAAAGAAUAGCCUUCAUUAAGAAAGGUUUUUUUGUCUUGCGAAGAGCGUGGAACAAAGAGGAAAAGAUUACCUUAACUAAGCGUCGUCAAUGUGGCACAGCAAAUCAUGACCAAUUGCGCAGUUGUCUCAUUAUUAAAAAUUUUGUCAAUGAUUUAAUUGUAGGUGCUGUGGACGAGUUAGGAGAUAUGCCAUAUUAUGCAGAACACUGUGCUGCCAUGUUGGCAGUCACUUACAGCAGUGGACAAGGCAUGCAGAGGAACAUAGUAAGUGUUUAGAUACGUAUGCAAACCCUGUCUACAACAAAGUGGUGCUAUUAUGCUGUUGUGCUGGGGCAAAGGGAUAAGGAUACUUUUCGCAAGAUUCCCGUAUGACUCAACAGGCUGCUGUGCAAGCCACGUGUAUGGCGUGUAUGCAAAGCCUAUAAACUGUUCUUUCCUUCAGAACGUGAUUGCAAACUCUGGUAUCCCUCCCUUCCCCCCUUCCAAAAAAAACAAAAAAAACAAUGCAGAUUGCUACCCAGGCCGGAGGUACAUUUCUACCUACUGUAAGGUAUUUGAGCUUCAUCUUAUGGCCGCUUUUGCGAAAUGCGAUUUGUUGAAGUUCUUUUCAAUGAAAAAAAAAAACGGUUUAUACUUGUUGUUCUGCCCGUGUCUUCGGGAUUUCCGCGGGUAGUGUCGCGCAGUAGUUACUCCCUUUGGUGACUAUAUAUUUGAUGCUACCUUGCUAGGUGACAACUGAUUGGCGCUUAGGGACUGGCACGGGUUGCACAGACAAACAUACGGGAACCUCGGCUGCGGCGCCCUUAGCGGCUGGAAUGAUCGCCCUCAUGUUACAAGCAAGGUAAGAACAACAAACAGCAAAUACCCCAUGACACUGCUUAAAAAACCUUCAAUAGAAGCCCUGAACCUAUACUUUCUCAAUAGGGGCUUUGAGAGGCUUAUAUUGCAGGGGAGGGGGGGGGGGGUGGGGACGAGGAGGAUUGUAAGGUGAAUUCAAAAGAAAGAGAAUAAAUAUUUUCGGAGGGCGCUAAGUUCACUUGUAGAUGGGCUAUUUACUGGGACGUUUAUCACGCGAUUGAGAUUUUUGUGUAGAAUUAGGUGAGGUUUUGAUCGGAAUUCUGCUGUUUGAAAUAAUCGAAUCAUUGACCAGGAUUGUUCUUUUUGUAGACCAUGUUUGUCAUGGAGAGAUGUCCAACAUAUUAUUGCCAUUACUGCUGUCAAGGUAUAAAGGAAUUUUAAUGUUUGGUUGAUUAUUUAUCUCACCGAAAACUGCCAUUUUGUGGACGGUAUAACGAACCCCUUUGUGACGAGUUGAUCCUCACCAGUAAUUCUAGAAAGAGAAGCGCGUAAAAUCUUUAUAAGGAAUUCAAGUCUCGCUAUUUUUCAAUAGAAUCUUUUUAAUGGAACGGCGGGGGAAUGUUAUAUCUUCUUCACACUUCUCUUUGCGAGAAGUGGGUGUAAUGUCCCCUUAGUUUAUCGAAUCUAAGCCCCUUGGUUUUCUGUUGCGUUAACGUUCUACUGAGUUGUGAGUGUCUUGUACAACUGUAAGGUAAAAGUUUAUAUGGCCGUCAACGAGGUUCGCCAUCCAAAACGACAUCCCUUCGGGCCAAGAAAGGAGGGCUUUUUCCCCGGACAGUGGUUGAGUUUCGGGUCGCAGACUUAAAGGCUAGCCUCUUAUAGCUCUUUUAUCGAAUUGUUUUUUUUUUAUAAUGGUUAUAUUCAUGUGUUUAGCACGAUGUGGACGACAGUGAUUAUUAUACAAAUGGAGCCAAGUAUCACCAUAGCCACAAGUAUGGAUUCGGUCUUCUGGACUCUUGGCGACUGGUUAACACAGCUAAGGUAUUCACGUAUUUAUCUUUGUUGUAAAAGUGUAGAUCUAUCGAAUGAAGGGUUAGGUAGUGAAAUGUGUUUCUGUGCCAUGAAGUAGAGCUCGUUAAUCACGGGAAGGUAUUCAGGAGGUACAUCAUUCACUAUCAACAGGACAAACCCUCUCAUCAAGGAUAGGCGAUUCAUUAAGAUUAAAAUCUGAAAAAUUUGUAUCUGUAUUUGUGUUUUGCGAUAUUUACACAGGCUGGUCCAGUUCCGCUCAGAGCUGGUUUAAAUGGGGGCCUGUAUAAACAAUGACAAGGUCAGACCACAACACCGGGGGCUAUGUUCCGUGCUCUUUGUAAGAAGUGUGUGGGUUCUUUAAUGUCCCCUGUUAGCCAGUAGCGAGAAGAGACAGGAGGCGGGGUCUACGACUUAUCGUCCCUAUCUGUGAAGACGAGAAUGUCUAACUGUUUGCCGAUGUAAAAGCAAAGGCAGCACAUUCUCCUCGCUUAUUUUAAGUCCGUGUGUGUUGGUCCGGUCUGGGACUUGAACCCUCGACCUCCUGCACGGAAGUCCGGCGCUCUUCAACGUUAGCUAAUCAAGCGCGGUAAAAUAUAUAAAGUGAUACAUCUGGUCGUGUUUUACUGAAAGUAAGUUUAUCAGAGCUUUGUUUUCAACAAAGCAAUAUUUUUUUUUUCAGGUAUGGAAGGCAGUGCCCUGGAUGACAUCUUGGUCAACACCCAUUAUUCAUGUUGGAAAACAGAUCCCGACAUCAACCAAUCAACUGAUAGAAAAGUACUACGGUAUGUACACCAGUUAAAUUGUUUCUUUUGUAAAACAUUGUUGAAACUCUGCCGCUAGAAACAACUCAAUCCAAGUGGUUCUCGCUAUGCUUCCUGUGAUGUUAGCGUAAACUAAAACUAACACUUCUAUUUCUUUUCUUUACCAGUGUCUAAAGACAACGUCGGAGAGGUGGUUACUUUAGAACACGUCACUGUCACAGUAAGUAAAAUUCGCUCAUUUUCCCUUUUUUUACUCGAUGAUGUGCGAAGCAUGGGAAUGAGUAGUGUUGGGAUUCGAUCUGCAAAUUUCGUGUCGUUAGCCCUGCAUUAGGAAUCUGGCAAGAGCGUGCUUCUUAUUAAAGAUGGCAGACUGAUUGUUAAAUAUGGCGGAUCAGCUGGGGAUAGCCUUUACAACCGACGUAAUUUGUUGACGUUUUUCAGUCGAAUGGAGGUAAGCGCAAGGCGAGCGCGAAGUGUGAGUCACGUGUGAGGGGAAGAACGCAAAAAAAAGAAAUGAUUUUCGCGCUCCUCCUCAUGCGCGUGAAUCUUGAUUCGCGCUCGCCUAGCGCUUGUCUCCGUUCGCCUGUGAAAUGCAAAAAAUUACAUCGGUUCUGCAGGCUAAGCUGGGGAGGACUUUAGUGGGGAUGACGGCUCAAUUCUGUUUCUUGGAAUUCCAGGAUCAUAUGCAUUUAGUACAAUCACUGUACACUGUAGUUAUAUUCUGCACAGUAUAUCCACGAGUUCACUAUAGCGUCACUUUGAUUCCUCUCACCGACCAGUUUCCUUGAAAGAACAAUUUUUUAAUUCUGUGUCAGAAGAUAUCUUGAAAGAAACCAUCAGAUCUCAUACAGUUCCUUUUCAGCAUCAAAUGAUAUAGGGAAAAUAUGAGAAAAGAGAGGUCUCUUAAUUAUGUCUCUAAGCUGGCAAGAAUUGUCUUACUCUACUUUUGCUUCCAGGUGAAUCUCAAGCAUCGGCAUCGUGGAAACUUAAUGGUCAGUUUAGUGUCCGCUGAAGGAACGACAUCCAAACUGGCAACAGCAAGACAACACGAUAGGUAUGUUCAGAAUCAGCCCGACAGCAGGCUCUCAUUAAUGGUCCUGCUGUAAAAGCAUAUCGCGGGCUACACGCGAAGCCUGAGUCGAACUGACCCGCUUUGCUCCCUGGUGAUCUAGAGGGGUCUGGGGCGAGAAAUGAGACAGACCUCCCGCGUGCUUUCAACGAAAAUAUUACGGACGUCAUGAACCAGCGCCAAUAAGUAUCUUCUUGCAAUGCCAGUUUACCAUUUUUCUUUUAAGUGGAAUCUAGGACUAUACCGGCAUCGGUGUAUCGUUGUUGCAAUGGCCGUAAGGUGUCCGAUCAUAACUCGUGGUAACGAAGUUACUUUUUAUGACAUUGAAUAUCUGUUCCAACGUAGAUCUUCGGAUGGUUUCGUGGACUGGACGUUUUCCACUGUUCGAUGCUGGGGCGAAAAACCACAAGGAACUUGGCAGCUGAUCGUUAUUGAUAAUGGUAUGAACCAAUCGUAUGUUUUAUGUGCUUUUAGUCACGUUACCUUUUAUUGUGAAGGCAAGGCAGUAGCAUCAACUGUCUGAUCCUAUUUGUCAAACCGUUUCUUUUCAGUGCCUUACUUUUACUGUUUAUUUAUAAAUUCCUUUUCAGUUAUAUUUCCUUACCCACUACUAGAUUGUAGUGUGCUAAGUGCAUGCCGUUGUUUUGGUGGCCUACAUCGCUGGCUGUUUCGUGUGCGUUAGGUGAUGAGCAGCAAAGCCGCGAGUGGAAAGACUAAGCUAUCUUCUGUUCCAUACCUGUCGCGGCUUCACCGCUCAUCGCUUUAGAGCGCAAAACCGCCAGCUACGCAGGUUAAUGUAAAUACAUUUUGACAACUGCUGAGAACAAUCCGAAAAUUUUUUUUUUGGGGGGGGGAAGGGGGGGUUGUACUCCACUACGCUUUCUGAUUGGGCAUACAAAAUACUCGCACCACACCCACAAGAAAUCAGAUACAAAUCUAAUACAAAUCAGGCCUUGGUCACUUGUAUUUUUCGUGCUCAAGUCGCUUAGCUUGUAUUUUACGUGAGUUAUCUUGGAUAAUCUUGGUUGGAUCUUUAUGAAUGCAAAAGUUUUUGUUUCACAACCCUCAAUCGACUUUGCGUAAAUCAGUAAUCAAUUCGCCUUGUUCCAGGUUUUGAUCACAGCCGAGGUUUCCUGAAGGAUUGGAAGUUGACUUUCUACGGUUCUUCCAUGACACCAGAAGAGAUACAGAAAAGACAGAGGUAAAAACAUUUUUUUUUCCGCAAUCGAAGCGCAGCUUGUAAGAAUAAUCUCUAAUCCGGCACCUUCGUAAAUAGGAAAUGAAAAGUUUUGGACACUGCCAUUUAUUUACGAAUUAUUUAAAAAAUAGUGCUAAAAUGAUAGAAGAGACAAAGAUUGGCUCCUGCUAAGAAUCUUCGGCCCAAAUAAAGCUUUUACCAGUGAUAAUUUUUCUGGCUAAUGACGCAGUAAAUCUUUGUUUUGAUUGGUCUCUGUGAUUGCUUUGGUUUUGGUUUUUUCGACACUCAAUUUAAGACUGCCGCAAGUAGAAACUGAUUCAAAUUUAAACACGCGUGAAGCCUAUGAACACAACUUCGGGAGAGGAACUCACUAUCAGGAAUUGAUGAUUUUCUUUAACAAUUUCCUUUAUGAGUAACUUGUGCAUUCUUUUUUUUUUUCAGAUUGGUGGAGGAAGCUUCUAGUGGCAAGUACCUUCACAGUAACGAUACUCCACCUUGUCCGCCCAGGCCCCCGCUGUACGCACCACAAGAUGUUGUGUCCGAGAGAACGCUCAAGGUAGACUUGUGAUACUUGAAACAUGAUUUUUCUUAUUCUUUUGAUGCGUAAGAUGACAAUCUGACGAGAGCUUGCAGUAGAUAACGUGAAUUCAUAGGAAUUUCACUUUUAGUUUUUUUGGUUCAAAUCGCACGACGGUUUGUUAGAUUUAAGCCGCGCUAAUCCAAUCAGAUAUGAUAUCAAUGCCACAUUAUCAGUGCUAUGUUUCGUUUCCUUUUAAGUAGUCGCGUCUAUAUUCAUCGAGUUCUUAGAGUUUUAGUCUGUUGUUUUCCCUUUUUUUUACCUUUUUCUCCUCCUCAUAAAUGUCAGUUAUGGUCAAUGGUGAAUCUCAACAAAAAAUCUUGUUCUUCGAUGUAGGUAUUGCUUUUGCUCGGCGGCUUCUGUCUAUUGGUGUCCAUUUACUAUACUGUCGACGUCGUGUUCGAUUGCGAGGCUAGUGACGAGGGAAGCGCAGAUACGGCGAGUGGAGAGCCACAGGAGGAGACUCCUCUGUUGUCUAACAAACUGGCAGAAGAGGAUCAGAUUAGACUAAGGUAACGUUUAUGAUCAUAAUCUGAGCUCAUUUUUGGUCAUCACGGGGCUAUAUAUGAUGAGCAAUUCUUUAAAGAAAUUCUUUGACGAAGAUAAAAGUUCAUAAAGAGAUGAGAAAAGCGGCUGUUUAUUAAAAAAAGGAAAUAUUUUUCUUUUUUUCUUUUAAUUGAAAUCAUAUCGAAAGAUAUUUUGAUAGUUAAGUUGAGGUCAAGGCCAAGAACAAAGUCGAUUACAUGAGGUUUUCUUUUUUCAUCAUUCUUUCUUUCGCUGCCGGAUGCUCUGGCGUUUGAGUUACUAAGAGCUCUUUGGUGAGCAUAGUGGACCAUGUGAUGACCUCAUGGUUUGAAGUAGAAAUGGCCAACUGUCAGGGAAGUCUAAUGAAAUGCUGGGGUGGGGGGGUAGACUUGUGAUGGACUGGCAUCCGAACUAGGGGAGGGUAGAAACACUUUUAGAAGCUUCAUGCUAUGGAAACCGGGAUAAGCUCAGAGUGCAUAGGCCAAUUGGCUCAAGUACAGACUUAAGCUCUGGUGAGCUUGUGAAAAGAACUAUGUAGGGACACAGCUGACAAGCAUUCCGUGUAUUGCAGAGAUUGGCGAUGUCAAACGCGUCCUGUGUAGAUGUACAGGAGAAAAAAUAACAGACCUUCAUUUCAAUCUUCGCAAGGGUAGAUCCUGGAAUUUUUGGCAUGGAGAGGUUGGAAAGGGGGGCGAGGGGGGGAGGGUCCUAACUUAAAUCCAGAAAUCCAGGAUAUUUUAUUUACUCUACGGCCUAAAACAUUUUUCAAGGCGAUUAAACUUAAAAUUGUUCACAUCGAACAAUGGCAUGCGAUCCUGACGUUGCGAGAAUUUUGGUGGCAGGGAAGGUCUGAUGAAGGGGGGGGGGGGGUUGAAUCCUGACCUUCGGACCCUCUCCCAAGAUCAGCCAGUCUUAUGAAAAGGGAUUUUAUAGUAUAUGUGAUUUGUUUGUUUGUUUUGUUUUACAAAUUCAGUCAUAUUUUGGAGAGAGGCGCCAAGAAGGGAGUUACUCAUGAUGAUCGUUCUAAGGAAAUGGAUCACGUAGCCCCAAGCAAGCAUUCUACUUCCCCAGUGGACGAGAAAAAACGCGUGGAAGAGUUUGAAAGAAGACUUCGGUUUGCCAUGGAGCAGAGUCUCUAUCUACAAGCACAGCACCUGAGUGCUAUGGAUAAGUUUGAAAAGGACCUGACAAAGGCUACAGAGGACAGCUUACUUACGCAUGCGCUUCAUAAGAGUCGUUUGGAAGAAACAGACGCCAACAAAAAGAGUAAAGUGCCGCUUAAAGGAAUUUUAAAGAAACCACGAGGGUAUGUAUUGAAAACAGACAUGGUUACCGCGUGA